AUGUAUGAUGUCGGAUAUCAUCAUAUAACAAAUAUUGAUUUUUCGGAAACGGUGAUUGAGAAUAUGCGAUUCAGGUGUAAGGACAAAACUGAAAUGUCAUGGAUCGUGAUGGAUGUUCGUGAUCUCAUAUUUCAGGACGAAUCCUUUGAUGUGGUGAUCGAUAAAGGAACGAUGGAUGCCUUGAUGUGUGAUGAAGGCGACGUUUGGAAUCCGAAAUCCGAAGUCGUUGAGAAAGUGAAGAAAGUAGUCGAUGAAGUAGUUAGAAUAUUAAAGGUCGAUGGAAAGUUUUUGUAUAUAACAUUUGGACAACCACAUUUUCGUCAUCGAUAUUUAGAGAGAUCUUGUUGGAAAAUAAAAAUGGAAAAAUUAGAUCCUGAUCUUUUCAAACCCAGAUAUUUACUUAUGCAAGUCGAAUUUUCAGAAAGACAGUAG